GACUGUCCCGCUCUCCCUCAGGGUCCCUAUUGGCUCCCUCUAACAGCACUCAUUUCUUUGCUCCCGUCCCCGAAGAGAGAGAAUGAGAGAAAAGAGAGCGGUGGCUUCCACUCCAGCAUAAAAAUCCUGGGAUCGUCUUCCUCCUCCUUUUUUCUCCUCAAAUUCUAGGGUUUAGUGUUUUGGUUUCCAAGUUGGAAUCAAAUUUCCUCAGCAUUUCCAAUCUAGAUCCAGUACAAGAAGAGUUUCUCCAACUUUUAAUUAUUUUGGGAGGAAAAUGAGAAUCUCAAGCUGAAAUCUGAGAUCUCUGUUCUGUUCCAGAAAAAAAAAUUUGUUGCUUUAAGUGGAGAAAUUUGUUCAAUUUCGUGUUUUCGGGAUUUGGAGCUCAAAUUAGGGUUAAGAAUUCUGAGAAAAAUGAGAUCCUCAAGCUGAAAUCUGAAAAUAUUAUUAUUCGAUUCAGGCAACAGUUGAAGCUGAAAGUGGAGAAUUUCUUUCACAUUCAGUAAAAAUAAUUGUGUUUUUGAGCCUUUGGAGCUCAAAUUAGGGUUAGCAUUCAAGAAAUCUCUGUUUGAAUCUAGCAAUAACCGAAGCUGAAAUUAGGGUUUUUUUUCGACAUCGUGUUAUCGGGUCGGGUCUAAACUCAAUGGCGCCCUCUGUUAAAGCUCCCGAUAAAACGAUUCACUGCGACCACUGCUCCGAAUCGGCGGCGGUGAUCUACUGCCGUGCUGACUCAGCUCGCUCUUGCACCGCCGAUGGCCUCUCUCUUUGCUCCGAUUGCGAUUUCGAUGCUCACGGGUCGGGUUCUGACUCGGGUUCAGGGUUCCAUGCCCGAUCCGCUAUUGAGAGCUUCACUGGUUGCCCGUCGGCGUUUGAGCUUGCUGAUGCUUGGGGGCUUGAUCUCGCCGCGAAAUCGAAGUGCGGGUUCGGAGCGGGAUCCGGAACCGAGUUUGGAUCCGGGUCUGAUUGGUGUAAUCCUGAUUCGUUUCUGGCCGCGGAUUCAGUGUUCCAGGACUUGUAUGUUCCCUGUGCCGAGAUUAAGCCACAGAAGAGUAACCCGUUACUCGAUCAGCUGAUUGAGUUGGCGAGUCAAGAUGUGGCUGGGUCCAACUUGACCUCGGAUAGAAACACAGCUUCGCCCGUGCCAUUGGAUUUGAGCCCGAAGACACCUUGCAGGAAUAAUAGUGUCACUGGAGAUCAAGAAGAGGAUCACCGAAUUGCGCACCAAAUGCCAUUCACUUCAUUGCUUAUGAUGACAGCCCCAUCAGGUUUUGUGGAUUUCAAGGGUACAGAGCAGGGUGUUGAUGAUGAGGAAGUGAUGUGGAGUUCUAGGCCAACAACUGAUCGCAAUACUCAGAUAUGGGAUUUUAAUCUUGGAAGAUCAAGGGAUCACAAUGAAUCAUCUGAACUUGAAAGUGAAUACGGUAUGAAUAAUUCUGGUUUUACAAUCAAGAGCUACAAUGACCUUCUUAAGGACAACUCUAUUUCAACUACAAAGAUAUUGGAAGAUAUAUAUCAUAGCAACUGCCCUUCUAGUGUCCUGUCUGCUGACAUACAUCACAUUCAUCCGCAAGAUAGCAAAGUUAGCAUGUCGGGCAAAUCUAAGAGCAAUCCGAACAAUUCAUCAGCAAAUGCGUCAACACUCUCAGGAAAUAAUAUAGCAGCCAUCGUUCCAUCUAUUGGCUUCUUGCAUGAUCCAGGGUCCGGUAGCAACACGAAAGAAAUUUCCUUUGGAGAACAACCCAUAAUCAGUAAUGAGGUGAAAGCAACUAAUAAGAUUGACAGUGAACUAUUCGCUCAAAAUCGAGGAAACGCCAUGUUACGGUAUAGGGAGAAGAGGAAGAAUCGCAGGUAUGAGAAGCACAUUCGUUAUGAGUCGAGAAAAGCAAGAGCUGAUUCUAGGAAACGCGUUAAGGGGCGCUUUGUUAAGUCGACAGAAGUUGAUGCUGAAAAUGCUGGCUGAUUCUGCUUCAAUUUGUAAGCUAGAAUUUGUUGUAAAUAUAUUUCGGCAAUAAUGUUUUUGCUCUUGUGAAUGUUGUUGUUGAUUUUGUAUUGUCUUUGUAUCUCACAAUCUAUGGCUUUAAUUGUAUUGUAAUGCAGCUCCACUUCUCAGGAAUACCAAGUAUUUUCUGACUACUGUUCUUGAGAUAUGUUAAUUCUUCAAAUGGUUUGAGAUGAA